AUGAAGACAUUCACUGCUUUCGUGGUCGUUCUGGCUUCUGGCGCUCUCAGUGUUCCCCUUAACAAGACACUAGACGCCAAGGACAUCAUCACCCCCCUGCCAAUCAAUAUGACCUCCUCACCGCUCCUCACGGCCAAGGUCAAUGCUACAAAGGCUGCCAAUAUGCACUAUACGGAAAUGGUUGCAGAUGUAGUUGCGAGGGAUAUGAACAAGCACGAGGAGAAAGCGACAACAGCGGUCGACCGAAGCUUGAACAUGAACAUGAAUACGACUGCUUCUGAGGUCCUUGCAAGAGCUUUGAAUAUCAGCACAUCUGAUUCUGAGAUCGAGGGCAUGUCUAAGGAGCAAGUCGAGUACUACCGCACGCUAGCCAUGGCUCAGGCCCACGAACAGUUCAAGCGCAACAUGGACGUUUCGUCCUCGGGCCUCGCAGCGGCUAACUCCACCCCGCCUGUCCCCGGCGAGUGCCUCAUCAACGGCCCCUGCCCCUUUCUCGGUGGCGAUGGCCUUUGCAACAACUUUUGCCAGAAGUGCGCCCCCCCUGGCAAGCAAGGCCACGGCAAGUGCGAGGGCUUCCUCUUUGUCUUGAGCUGCACCUGUACUUUCGACUAG